AUGGCUGCUUUCUCCGUUCCUCAACCUGUUAAAGUUGAACCCGGAAAAAAAACGAGACAAAAAAAAUGGAACAUUCGAGAUGAUCCUAUUACAUGGCAAAAUUGGUAUAAACAUAUUAAUUGGCUUCACACACCAGUUCUUAUUUCUACACCGAUUAUUGCAAUCUAUGGAUUUUACACAACUAAACUUCAGCUCUACACUGCAAUAUGGGCUAUCGCAUAUUAUUUUAUAACUGGAUUAGGCAUUACUGCAGGUUAUCAUAGAUUAUGGGCCCAUCGUGCGUAUAAAGCAUCACGCCCCUUUGAAAUUUUCUUAAUAUUUGCUGCUUCAGGUGCAGUAGAAGGUUCAAUUCGAUGGUGGUGCAGAGAUCAUCGAUCGCAUCAUCGAUGGACUGAUACAGAUUCCGAUCCAUAUAACGCACAUAAAGGACUUUUUUAUUCACAUUUGGGUUGGAUGUUAUUAAAACAAAAUCCUAAUACUACGGGUCGAGCCGAUAUUUCAGAUCUUAGUGCUGAUCCACUAAUAAUGCUUCAAAGUAGAUAUUAUGGGGUAUUUGCGAUAGUUAUGGGAUUCAUUUUUCCAACGGCAGUUGCUGGAUUCUAUUUUGCUACCAUAUGUCGUUUGGUUUUCGUUCAUCAUGCAACAUUUUGUGUUAAUUCUUUGGCUCAUUAUUUGGGUGAUACUCCAUUUGACGAUAGGCAUACUCCACGUGAUCAUUUCAUAACCGCAUUUUUUAGUUUAGGCGAAGGUUAUCAUAACUUUCAUCACGAAUUUCCCGGAGAUUAUCGUAAUGCCAUAAGAUUUUAUCAAUAUGAUCCAACUAAAUGGUUAAUUAAAACUUUAUCUUAUUUCGAUUGGGGUAAACCAUUAGAUCAAUUACCUAUAUACACAUAUGAAGAAUACGAGAAAAAUGCUAAAAGUAACAAUUGGAUUUGUAUUGAAGGAAUCAUUCAUGAUAUUACUGAUUUCAUGGAAGAUCAUCCUGGUGGUAAAGCAAUUCUUAUUGCUUCCCGAGGAGAAGACAUGACAAAUGCUUUUAAUGGAGGAGUUUAUGAUCAUUCAAAUGCUGCCAGAAAUUUAUUGUCUUCAUUCCGUAUUGGUGUUAUAUCGGGUGGUGGUGAAGUUAUGAGUCAAGGAUAUGGAACGCCUCAACAAUAUGGUCAACAACAACCUGGUCAACCACCAUAUGGUCAACAACAUGGACCACCACCUCAAGUACCACCAGGUGCCGACUCUCAAUUAUGGUUUUGGUUUCAAGCGGUUGAUACUGAUAGAAGUGGAGCUUUAACCACUGAAGAAUUACAAAAAGCUUUGAUUAAUGGUGAUUGGAGUCCAUUUAACAUUGAAACGGUACGAUUAAUGAUGAAUAUGUUUGAUACAGAUAACACUGGGACAAUUACUUUUCAAGAAUUUGCUGGUCUUUGGAGAUAUAUUGAAGAUUGGAAAAAGUGUUUUACAACUUUUGAUGCGGAUGGAUCUGGUACUAUUAAUUUCGGAGAAUUGAAAAAUGCCAUGAAAACUUUUGGAUAUAAUUUAAGUGAUAAUUUCAUUAAUCUUCUUAUUAAAAAAUAUGAUAAAUAUGCGGGCAAUAAAACAGGAAAGGGAGAUGUGACCUUUGACAAUUUUGUGCAAUCUUGUGUGACUGUUAAGACUCUUACAGACUCCUUCCGACGUUAUGAUACUGAUAACGAUGGAUGGAUCCUAAUUAAUUAUGAGCAGGAAGAUAUGGCUGCCGAAUCUAAAAUAGAAUUGCAACCUCCCCUUUCACCUUUUGGUAAUGCUGUUGCUGGUUCAUUAGGAGCAUUAAUUGCUUUAUUCAUAACUUAUCCUUUAGAUAUCACAAAAACACGGCUUCAAGUACAAUCUAAAAGCGAUUCGUCAAAAAUUGCAAAAAACGAAUAUUAUCAUUCGACAAAAGAUGCAUUAUAUAAAAUUAUAUCUUCUGAAGGAAUAUCUGGUCUUUACGCAGGAUUACCUGCUGGACUUAUAGGAGUUGCUUCCACAAAUUUUGCCUAUUUUUAUUGGUAUUCUUUAAUUCGUUCUUAUUAUCAAAACAAAAGGUCAUCAUCAUCAUUAUCCACUACCACUGAACUUAUUCUAGGUGCUUUUGCAGGAGCUCUUGCUCAAAUAUUUACUAUUCCUGUAUCAGUUAUUACCACAAGACAACAAACUACUAAAAGUCAUGAUCGUAAAGAUCUUAUAGGUACAACGAAGGAAAUUAUUUCUGAAGACGGAAUUACAGGAUUAUGGAAAGGACUUAAACCAUCUUUAAUAUUAUGUGUAAAUCCUGCCAUUACUUAUGGAGCUCUUAGUAAAACCAUUGCUACAAUAUUUACUUAUCCUUAUAUUAUGGCAAAAGUUAGGUUACAAUGGAAACCACCAAAAUCUGAUUUAAAAGAUGGAAUUGAUUUUGAAGAAUGUGAAGAAGAUUCUUCAAAUUUUAAAAGAAAUAUAAAAUAUAAAGGAGCGAUUGAUGUUUUGAGAAAAGUUCUAGCAACAGAUGGAGUUCAAGGAUGGUACAAGGGAAUGCAAGCACAAAUUACAAAAGCUGUACUCUCUCAAGCAUUACUUUUUUACAUGAAAGAAUAUACCACUCGAUAUACAAUUUUUAUUUUUGUCUUAUUUGCACGUCUCUCAGCUGCUCGACGUCAAAUUUAA